GAUCACCCAGUGCCCCGGCACACCUGUCUUCAUGCCUCCAGAGGCCCUGCGUGCCAAGCCUCGCUACUCCGACAAGCUGGACACCUUCUCUCUGGGUGUUGUGAUGGUUCAGAUCAUCACUCGCUGCUUCCCCACACCCACAGAUGCUGAGAUAGUGGUGGAGGAUGAAACAACACCGACAGGAGAGAAGAUCCUCCCAGUUCCUGAGCUACAGCGACGUCAGAGAGACAUAGGGAAGGUUCCUCCCGACCAUGGUCUCCUUCCCACUGCCCUCCACUGCCUCAAGGACAGACCUAGAGAGAGACCAAGUGCUGCCCAGCUCUGCCAGAGUCUGGGGCAGCUCAAGACAGCUGAGGCCUACACAGCCAGUCAGGCAGAGGACCAGGGGAGGAGACUGGAGGCAGAGAUUGCUCGACUCCAGGAGCAGAUGAAGCAGUUGGCCACUGAGAAGGAUCGUCUGGCAUCACAAAAACAGAGGGAGAUAGCAGAGUUGAGAAGUCAACUGCAGACGUCACACAAACCACCAGUUCAGCAAGGGAGGGAAGCAACGACUGUCUCUAGCCCCAAGGAUGAGAAAGCUCUCUAUGGUGCUGCUGACAGAGGAGAUGUGUCUGCAGUGAGAAGACUUCUGGCCUCUAAUGUCAACAUCAACUGUACACCAUAUCCUGAGCAUGGCUGGACUCCACUGAUGACAGCAUCAUUUGGUGGACAUGUUGAAAUUGUGAGACUACUGGUUGAGGCUAAGGCUCAGCUCAACAUACAGGGAAAGGAGGAUGGUGUCACAGCUCUUCACCUGGCAGCCCAAGAAGGCAAAGCUGAUGUAGUGAGACUACUGACUGAGGCUGGAGCACAGCUGGAUAUACAGAAAACAGAUGGGGCAACUCCUCUCUACAUGGCCUGUCAGAAGGGACACAGUGAUGUAGUGGAGAUCCUGAUAAGGAAUGGAGCUAAUAUCAACCUGCCCCGUCAUGAGGGGGCGACUCCUGUCUUCAUUGCCAGUCAGGAGGGACAAAGUGAAGUAGUGAAUAUCCUACUGAGGAAUGGAGCUGGUGUGGAUAGAGCUAGUAACGUAAGUCAAUCAUCAGUCACUGCAUGACAA